AUGCACAAGGCUGGCACCUCUUCGCUGCUCGUCGCCCGCAUCGUCCGCUCCUCUCCGUCUCGUACAUCGACAGCUAGCCCUUCGCUUUUCGUCUGGCAGAGGUGCUUCCACUCGCGCGUUCCAGCAUCGCAAACUCGCCUCUCGCCCCAACGCGCUUUCAACCCGAUCUUCCGCGCCGCUCAGCCUCUUGGUCGUGCGCACCCAUCCUCCACCAUGUCCGACACCUCCUCGCGCUUCGGCGACUGGCCCGCCACCAAGGUGCGCGAUACCUUCACCGCAUACUUCAAGGAGCGCCAACACACCUUUGUGCCCUCCUCCUCCACCAUCCCCUACGAUGAUCCCACGCUCCUCUUUGCCAACGCAGGCAUGAACCAGUACAAGCCCAUCUUCCUCGGCAUCGCAGACCCCAACUCCGCCUUUGGAUCCAUGAAGCGCGCCGUCAACUCCCAAAAGUGCAUCCGCGCAGGCGGAAAGCACAACGACCUCGACGACGUCGGCAAGGACACCUACCACCACACCUUCUUCGAGAUGCUCGGUAACUGGUCCUUCGGCGACUACUUCAAGCCCGAGGCCAUCGCCAUGGCCUGGGAGCUCCUCACCAAGGUCUACGGCCUCCCCAAGGACCGCCUCUACGUCACCUACUUUGAAGGCGACGCAAAGCAGGGCCUCGAGCCCGACACCGAGGCGCGCGACCUCUGGCUCAAGGUCGGCGUCGACGCCGACCACAUCCUCACCGGCGACGCAAAGGACAACUUUUGGGAGAUGGGCGCCACCGGCCCCUGCGGCCCCUGCUCCGAGAUCCACUACGACAGGAUCGGCGGCCGCAACGCCGCACACCUCGUCAACAUGGACGACCCCAACGUCAUCGAGAUCUGGAACAACGUCUUUAUGCAGUUCAACCGCGAGGACGACGGCUCCUUGCGGCCUCUCCCCGCAAAGCACAUCGACACCGGCAUGGGCUUUGAGCGCCUCGUCUCCAUCCUCCAGGACAAGCCCUCCAACUACGACACCGACGUCUUCACCCCCAUCUUUGCCAAGAUCCAGCAGCUCACCGGCGCCCGCGCCUACACCGGCAAGCUCGGCGCAGAAGACACCGACGGCAUCGAUACCGCCUACCGCGUCGUCGCAGACCACGUCCGCACCCUCACCUUUGCCAUCUCCGACGGCGGCGUCCCCGACCGCGACGGCCGCGGCUACGUCCUCCGUCGCAUCCUCCGCCGCGGCACCCGCUACGUGCGCAAGUACUUCCAGGUCCCCAUCGGCUCCUUCUUCUCCCAGCUCGUCCCCACGCUCGUGGACCAGAUGGGCCACUUCUUCCCCGAGAUCACCAAGAAGAUCGACGACGUCAAGGCCAUCCUCGACGAGGAGGAGGCCUCCUUUGCACGCACCCUCGACCGCGGCGAGAAGCUCUUCGAAGAGUACGCCGCCAAGGCCAAAGCGGCCGGCAACAAGCAGCUCAGCGGUGCAGACGUAUGGAAGCUCUACGACACCUUUGGCUUCCCCGUCGACCUCACGCUCAUCAUGGCCGAAGAGCACGGCCUCGGCGUCAACGAAAAGGAGUUCGAAGCCGCCCAGGCCGAGUCCAAGGAGCUCUCCAAGGCCGGCGGCAAGAAGAGCGAGGCCGAAGCCGUCAAGUUUGACGUGCACGACCUCGGCCAUCUCGAAAAGGACGACUCGGUGCCCAAGACGCAGGACGACUUCAAAUACAACGUCAACUCGGUCGACGCCACCGUCAAGGCCAUCUACCAGGACCACGCCUUCUUCCCCGAAACCGCCAAGGUCGCAGAUCGCGCCAAGAACUUUGGCAUCCUGCUCGACCGCACCUGCCUCUACGCAGAGAGCGGUGGUCAGCAGGCCGACACCGGCUCCAUCACCAUUGACGGCAAGUCGCAGUUCGUCGUCGAGGAUGCGCAGGUCUUCUCGGGCUAUGUGCUGCACAUUGGCCAUCUCGUGCGCGGCGAGCUCGCGCUGGGCGACAAGGUCACCGUCUCGUACGACCAGAGCCGCCGCGCUCCGCUCCAGUCGAACCACACCGCCACCCACAUCCUCAACUUUGGCCUGCGCGAGGUGCUCGGCGACCACAUUGACCAGAAGGGCUCGCUCGUCGCGCCCGCAAAGCUCCGCUUCGACUUUUCGCACAAGCAGGGCGUCAACGUGCAGGAGCUCAAGAAGAUUGAGCACAUCUCGGUCGACUGGAUCAAGCGCAACGUCGGCGUCUUCUCCAAGGAGAUGGAGCUCGACACGGCCCAGAAGAUCCCCGGCCUGCGCGCCGUAUUUGGCGAGGCCUACCCCAACCCCGUGCGCGUCGUCACGCUCGAGCACGACCUCGACACCAUCGCCAGCGACCUCGAGAACCCGCAGUGGCGCUCGACCUCGGUCGAGUUCUGCGGCGGUACGCACGUGGACAAGACGGGCGAGAUCCGCGACUUUGUCAUCACCGAGGAAUCGGGCAUCGCCAAGGGCAUCCGUCGCAUCAUUGCCGUGACGGGCGACGAGGCUGCGAGCGUGAGCCGGGUGGCGGACGAGGCCGAGGCGCGCCUGGGCGAGAUCGACGCCAUCGGCGAGGCGGCAGCCAAGGAUGCUGCGCUCAAGGCGUUCGGCACGCACCUCGCGCAGCUCGACAUGAGCGUGGUGCGCAAGGCUGCGCUCAACGAGCGCUUCUCGGCCAUCCGCAAGAAGCUCGACGCCGGGCUCAAGGCCAAGGACAAGGCGGACACCAAGGCGGUGGUGGAUGCGGUGGAGGCGCACUUCAAGGAGCAGCCCAACGCCACGAGCUUCAUCCACAAGUUUGACGUCGGCGCCAACAUGAAGGCGCUGCAGACGGCCAUGAACACGCUCAAGAAGAUGGACAAGACGGCGUACCUCUUUUCGCAGGAGCUCGAUGUCAACGGCACCAAGGUGGCCGAGGGCAAUGCGCUGCAGGCCAAGGUGGUGCAUGCGGCGUAUGUGAGCAAGCACGACCAGAGCAAGGGCCUCAACGCCAAGGAGUGGAUCGAGACGUCGGCGCAGCACGUGGGCGGCAAGGGCGGUGGAAAGCAGGACUCGGCACAGGGCGUGGGCGAGAUGGGCGGCCAGGCGCUCGACGACGCCAUCGAGGCUGCCAAGCGCUUCUACACGCUCAAGUGCGAAGAGAGCCCCGUGCCGCUGCAGUGA